AUGGCAAUCAUUGACACUCUACCAGCUGUCGACGUGUCGGUCCAACUCAACAACUCAUUCAGAUGUGCUGAUGAGUACCCCGAUCCGAACCCCUAUCGCAGAGAGCGGUACCUCGGAGGGGUUGAGCGUGUUGCUCGAAACUAUGUCGAGAGUCAAGAGGGUACCGAGUUCUGUAUCCACGUCAAUGUCAAAGAUGAGCCCUCGAUCGACCCUUGGGUCUACAAUGAACACGGUCUUCUCUUCUUCCUUUACAUUGAUGGAAUCUUCAUGGGCAAGAGAUUCUGUCAAAACAAGGACUUCAACCGAGGUGAUUGGCAGUUCACCUUCUCCUCGAGAAAACAACCCAACGAGGACCGCUCGUCUCUGGUCGAAAGCAGAUUCAAGUUCCAGUCAAUCGUUACUGUCGACGGCGAGCCCACUCACGGCGAUUUCCGCCGAGCCCGCGACCUUGGCAUUAUUGAGGUCAAGGUAAAGCUUGGAAAAGCCUCUGCAAUGACCAACCGCAGACGACGCAAGAACCUCGAGAGAGACUUCCGCGAGCCAGCUGUGGAUUCCUUCCUGAUUCCUGAGGAGGCACUCAAAGGCCGCCCAAUCUACCACGGAACCUCCCACGGGAGCACUCCUCGCGACGUAUACCUUCAAGUACCGAUCGAAGGGCGAGUGAACCGCUGGCACCACAUCGGAAAGCAGUGGACUGACUUGUGUACAGAGGCCUUAAAGAUUGAGGAAAUUAUUCCUCGCACCCCUAGUCCAGAGCCAAUGCCCCAGCGCAGGUCGGUCCGCUUCGACGAACUCAACACCGUUCCGCGUUUCGAGGAUCUACAUCAAUACGAGAUUGAGCGUCUUGCCCGAGAGAGGCUUAGACAGCUGAGAGAUGAGAAACUCCAGACGCCGAGUUUGAAAAAGCGCACGUACGACGACUACUGCGACCUUACCCAGAAUGAUGAGCAGCCGGUGCGGCCUUACAAAAUCAUCAAGAUGAGGAGCGGCCACGAGGCUAUCGAUCUCACGGGCGGCUACUAG